UUUUCGGGAUUUAUGUCGUUUUUAGCUCGGUAAAUGUCCAGCUCGGUGUUCACAUGUCAGUAAAAGGCAUUCUGUAUAAUGUAAAGAUAACUUUUGUUUUUGAACAAAUAAUAUUAAUUAAAAUAAUUCAGAUCAGAUGCAAAUGGGACGGUCAUUGUACGGGAAGUGGAAAGCCAGACAGAAACACUCUUUGUGGAAUAUGUUACAGCUGUACCUACAAGGGAUGUUGCCAUUGGUUAUACACUUUUGUUAAUGUGUGCUGCCAAAUUCCUGGUUGGCGCCAUAAAGAUUAUCAAAAACGCUUCUGUAAAGGAGUAUAA